CACUCGUCGAGAGAAGCUUGGUCGGAUAGACUGUCAGAUGAUGUGUUCUUGUCCGGUCUCCACGUUUCUGCUGGUGCUGUGUGUGCUCAUUGUAGGUGGCUACGCUGCUACGUUGAAUACAACCACCACCACGACAACCACAAUCAAGACGCCAACCAUAAAAACUACAACUAAGGCGCCCACAACCAGAAUAACAACUACGACAAAAGCGCGAACAACUCUGAAAACAAUCUUGACCAAGGCGCCAGCUACCACGAAAACUACUAUUAAAAAGACGCCGCCGACGACUAAAACAACUACUAAGAAGACGACGGUAACUACAAAAACAACUACGAAGUUGCCUACGACAUCUACCAAAACAACGACUAAGAAAGCUACUACAGCAGCAACAACGUUAUCACCGUCAACAACAAAAUCCUACACAACCUUCUCGGCAACGAAAACAACAAACCCAGAAAACUGUGAGGGUCUAGAUAACCCAGACCCAGACAACCCGUGUGCCCACUGUUUCUGUAGCAACGGUCGGUAUGUAUGUGAGUACCACUCCUGUAUAGCGCCCAGUUGUGUUGAUGACGUCACCAAUCCUGGAGAGUGCUGCCCAUUUUGCCCGAACGGCGACAACUGUCAAGUAGGUGGUCAAAUUAUCCCAGUGAGUCAGACUCUAAUUAUCCCAGGAUACGGCACAUGCUCGUGUGUGUAUCCCAAGGACGCAGAUAUCCCACACCCCGUAUGUGUCGCUGUCACCACCAACACGCCAACCACCACACAGACGACAACAACUACAUCAGGCAACUGUGAGGGUCUGGACAACCCGGGUCUAGCCGACCCGUGCGCUCACUGUUUCUGUGACAACGGUCGGUAUGUAUGUGAGUACCACGCAUGUCAGGCGCCCAACUGUGUUGAUGACGUCACCAAUCCUGGGGAAUGCUGUGCAUAUUGCCCUAACGGCGACAACUGUCAAGUAGGUGGUCAAAUUAUCCCAGUGAGUCAGACUCUAAUUAUCCCAGGAUAUGGCGCAUGCUCGUGUGUCUAUCCCAAGGACACAGAUAUCCCACACCCCGUAUGUGUCGCUGUCACCACCAGCACGCCAACCACCACACAGACGACAACAACUACACCAGACAACUGUGAGGGUAUUGAAAACCCAGGGUUAGGUGACCCUUGUGCCUACUGCAACUGUUACCGUGGUGAGUACCUGUGCGCGCAUCAAAGCUGCCCAGAGCUUACCUGUGAGAGUCAGAGAACGGAACCUGGAGAGUGCUGUACACAGUGUGUUUAAAGGUUUGUAUCUAUAUCCAGUGCCCGUAGGUCAUUUGAUCAUCUGACAACAAGCUAGAGGCUGUCUUUAUACUUAUAGUACUAGCUGUACAGUAGCCUACAGUACUCUACAACCUCUUGUGUAGGAUUUAAAGUGAAACAUCUAUCAUGAGUGGACCUUAUCUUAUUAAAGACAAAUCUUCUUUUA